AUGGCCUUAAAAGGAACUUCGCAGAAUCAAAGGAAUGUGAAGCAUCUGUUCGAGUUGCGGAUCAUCCUUCUUGGAGGUCGAAAUUCUGGAAAGAACUUAGUGGGAAAUGCUAUCUUAAACCAAGAGGAGUUCGUCCUCCAUGAAAGGACCACAUGCCUAAAAAGAAAAGCUGAGGUGCAAGGGAGAAGUGUGAUAGUGGUGGAUACGCCAGGUUGGUGGUGUGACUUCUCAGCACAAGACACACCAGAGCUGGUCAGGAGGGAAAUCAGACACAGCAUCUCCAUAUGUCACCCAGGGCCUCACAUCUUUCUCCUUGUGGUGAAAACAGACUCUGUGUUCAUAGAAAAGAGGAGGAGAGCCAUAGAAGAGCAUCUUGAGCUCCUCGUUGGGGCAGUUUGGAGUCACACUAUGGUGCUGUUCACAAAGGGCAAAAAUGCAGGAAAUAAAUCAUUUGAGGAUCAUGUUCAGGCAUCAGGUAAACCCCUCCAGUGGCUCCUGGAAAAGUGUAGUGGCAGGUUUCAUGUUUUUGAUACCCCGGAAACAUGCAAUGCCACCCAAGUAAUGGAACUGAUGGGGAAAAUUGACAAAAUGUUGGCAGAAAAUGAAAGACGCCAUUUUGAAAUGGAUGUAAAGACUUUACAGGAGACAGAGGACAGAAAGAGGGAAGUGGAGCUUAAGGCUCAUCAAAGACUGAUGAAUAUACAGAAACAGAGAUCUCUGAAGGUGCACUCAUCUCAUCAACACAAUAUAAGACUCAUCUUGCUUGGAGCAAAAGGCUCAGGGAAGAGUUCAACAGGAAACAGCAUUCUAGCAGCAGGAAGUGACCUAAGCUUUAUAGCAAACAAGCGGACCACACAAUGCAUGAAUGAAACUUUCACAGUGGCAGGAAGACAGGUAACAGUUGUAGACACACCUGGCUGGUGGAUGAACUACUUUACCCAGGAUUCUUCAGCUUUUGACAAAGAGGAAAUAGUCAAGAGUGUGUACUUGUGUCCACCUGGUCCUCACGCUUUCCUUUUGGUGGUACGGGUGGACAGGUCAUUCACAGAGAUCUACAGGAGAGCCAUUGAGGAGCACAUAGAGCUCAUUAGUAAGGACGUUUGGAAUCACUCUAUAGUGCUGUUCACCUUUGGGGACUGGCUUGGCGACACAACCAUAGAGCAGUAUAUUGAAAGCGAAUGUAAGACCCUCCAAUGGCUCGUGGAGAGAUGCGGAAACCGCUACCAUGUGCUAAACAACAAGAGCCUUGGGAAUAAGUUCCAGAUCACAGAGCUACUUGAGAAAAUAGAGGAGAUGGCAGCAGGAAGCCACUUGGAAACAGAUGAGAGUCUUUUUAAAGAGAUGAAGAGAAAACAGCAAGUAGAGGAAGACAGUGCGAAGAUCCGGCGUGAAAAUGUGCUCAGACGAAAACAAAGCUUGAGAGCUUUUAAAAAUAAAGUACAGUUGCCCUCAGUUGUAAGAGUAUUUCUCCUGGGCGGUAGACACUCUGGUAAGACAUCUUCUGCAAAUUGCAUUUUGGGUAAUGAUGGACAAGAGGCUGACAACCAAAACCUCAUGAGAGGUACUGUUAUACUCAGUGAGACAAAAGUUGAGGUCAUGGACACACCAGGCUGGACAACUGAGUGUCCAUAUAUUGCAGAGUUCAGAAGGCAACUUCUCCAUGACUGGGUUUCUGGUUCAGCUAGUGGGAUCUGCAUCCUCCUGCUGGUUGUCAAUGCCAGUUCGUCAUUUACGCUAAGGAAACUGAAAGCAGCAGAGGACCAUCUGCGUGCUCUGGGAGGGAAAGCGUGGAGCAGCACUGUUGUGUUGUUCACACAUGGAGACUGGCUCGGUGAUGUCAGUGUGGAGCAGUAUAUUGAAAGUGAAGGAGAUGCACUUCAGACGCUGGUGGAGAAAUGUGGAAAUAGAUAUCAGGUUUUCAACAAUAAGAUCAAAGACAAUGGCACUCAGGUCACAGAACUGAUGCAGAAGAUAGAGGAGAUGGUGUUGGAACAAAUAUUAAAUAACGCAAAAAAUCGAGGGAAUAUUCAACGACCUUUGGUAAAUGACGAAUUCAAGUUUGGUGGGAAGGUACAGAUUGGGGAAAUGCAAAAGACACCUCUUAGAAGCUCUACAAACAUCCAUCAUGGUGGUACUGACAUUCGAGGAGAGCAUCAAAUGAUUGAGAUCUCUGAACAUCUGCUCCCAUCUACAUCCAGUGAUCCAAAAAUGACCACCACAGACUCCAGCCUUUCACCAACUGAAAAUCAAGCAGUGGCCUGCAGGAGUAUCCGAUUAUCAAAUAGGACCUCAUUACCCAGAAACAUUCAUCAAAGACUAGUAGUGGUGCUCAACACCUCCGAAUGGUUUCACCCAAAUGAACCAUGGAUAGGUGUGAGUAGGACAGAUGGGCCUGCAUUCCAUGUUUCAACAACUGAACAGCCAAUGAAUGUGCAACGAUUAUUCAGGAACGAAUCACAGGGGGAAAGGUUUUGGGGGCCAUCCCUUCCAUAUUACCACAGGAAUACACCUUACACAUCUCAAACUGCAAAAGAAAGUGCCUUUAAGGAUUUUAUCCAAUCAAAGAACCUGCAGAACCUAAUUGACCAAUGGGGUGACAGUAACAUUGAGGAGCUGGAGGCGUUUAUAGAUUCUUAUUUUGAGAUGGUGUGGCAGGAGGCUAUGAAUGAGCCUAAAUGCAGCAGCAUGACUCCAAUCAACUCUGAAGGUUCAGGCAUCACUGAGAACAAUCAGGGACAUCUGGCCUCAAUUGACAGGAAACUGUCAAAGCUUGACAUCCUGGAGGGAGUACAAAGAGACUUGCAGGAGCUGAAGCAAACAAUCAAGCACUGUAGUAAAAUAUUUCAGGAACUGAAGGACAGGAGUAAAGAGACACACGACCCCAGCCAACCCUCUGAAGCAACUGUGUCAGCAGAAAGUGAGGAAAUGGGUCGAUCAGAUGAAAAGUGACGAAUCAACCUUUUCAGUACUGAAAUGGCAAAAAUAGAAAACGUAUUUGUCAUGUAGGGUCAUGACUAUAACUUCACCGUUUAAAGUGAUCGUUCAUGAUCAUGAUUAUGUUCAUUCAUGAUCUGGAAUUCUCUCGAACAGCAUGCGGACACUGUCAUAAGUGCUGGUGACAGCAGCAAAAUGUUUUAUAUCAUACAUCUAGAAGAAGACC